GUGAUUUUCAAAAGUAAUGGGUUUGAUAUUGGAGUGUUUGGGAGUCAAUUCGUAGACUUAUGAUCGACAACAAAAGACUUUCUACUAAAAUAACAGGCCCUUCAUGCACAGUUGUUUCUGACAAACCAGUAGUUACAGUCGGCCGUAAAAGCCAUAUCCCUGUAGACGUAUGUCUUGACGAUUCUGAAUGUGUAUCGCGCAAGCAUCUAGAAAUACACAGAAAAAACAAGGAUAUAUAUCUUAGAUGUCUUAGUAAAAACGGAAUAUUUAUAGAUGGAUCCUUUCAUACUGGGAGGCCGGAUUUCGUUCUUUUAGUUGAUGGGUAAGUAGUGCCAGUAGUUAGAAAUAAUUAUUUAUUUAUCAUAAUUUAGGUGUAAAUUAAGGUUUCCGAGUACAAACAUCGUGAUUAUCGUGGAAGUAGUCGAACUUGAACCCUUUUGUCACCCUAAAAAGCGGGCAUCUUGGAGAUCCUCACUUGAUCACACCAAUCGUGGCAAGCCUACAUUGAGUACUGAUCAAAACAAUAGAAAUAUGACAGAUCCACUAAUUUCACCAAUUCUAACGUCCAAAGGAUUUGAAGAAAAUUCCCAUUCUUCAUUUUGUUUUGAGUCCGGAAAUUGUCGAAAUACUCCCGAAGAAAGACAUGAUGUUUCAUGUAACAACUUGAAAAUUGAUUAUCAGAAUACUAUUCCGGAUUUAUCCCUUAACAGUCUUCAGGGUUCAACCACCUCAAACUGUGCAUUAUUACCGGUUGAACCAUUAUUUGUACAAUCAGAUCAAAAUUUCAAUAUUCCAGCCAUCAGAGCAGCUACAACAGUCCUUCAGAAUCUUAUUCAAAAUGAUAGUCAAUCUAAAUUCUUAAAUAUCGAUGGUGAAUCACUGUUUCAAAGCGAAAAUUCAGAUGUUGUAACUAAAAUGAAUCAUAUCACAAGAUUGUUUGCUUUUAACUCACUUGCACAGUUAUCCCAGUUGGAUGCACACAAAAGUAGUACUCUAACAUUAUCUAACUUAGUGAAUUUUCCUUCUCAUCAACUAUAUGACUCCAGAUCAACUGAACUCAGUAAGCUUUAUAAUUUACUUUUGAUUUCACUAUUGAAAAUAAUUGGUUCAAAAAUGUUCAUAGUAUGAUAGUGUACUAGUUUCAAAAUUAACAUAUUAUUGCCUCCUAAAGUUUUUAUGGAGAAACUACAUAAGUCUACUUGUUAAUGUCCGUUAUCUAUUAUUGGUGACUGUAGUAUGAUUCCAAACCUGUCACAAUGGUACUCCCACAUAUUCUCUUAAAUCACUUACCCCUGCUAUACCUCGUGGGGGAGCAUAGUUUAAACAACUUUUCAUUCUCUUCCUUUUAUUUUUCUACUACUAUCUGCAUCAAUAUUUUCACUCUUGUUUUUUCCUGUGUCGAUUCUCCACCUUUCUACUGUUUUACACCACCUUUGCCCUUCAUCGUUUGUCCUUUAGUAAAUACACCAUCGACGAAUACGUCUUACUCUUAUUUGUUAUCUGUACUUCUGAAAAUAUUCAACUAGGCGAGUAGCACAUCUUUUCGUGUUCCAUUUAUUUAUAUAGUCAAACUACAACAAGUCUGUCAAAAUUCAUUUAAUUUGCCAUAAGAUUUAUUCUUAAUUACGUUAUACCUCAUUUCUAAUGACAAUCCUUGAAAGUAUCUGCUAUUUACUCAAUUUAGUUUUCUAAAGCUCUCAACAUUUACAGAUAAUUAAUUGAAAUGGAGUAAGAAAUAUGAAAUAUUGUAAGUGAAAACGAUAAUAAUGUUUCUAAAGCUAUGAUUACACAAAUGAUGAGUUCUAAUGUAUAGUUAGUGUUUUUUAAUUUUCAUAAAAGAAAUUCCCAUUACAAGUCGGUGUAAAAUAAGAAGUUGAACUUUCAUAGUAGUUGGUGAUAAGCACAGGUCAUCAUGUCAUUUAUUAUCUGAUGAUCCUUUAGACUGCACAAAUUACUCGCUUUAUAUUAUGUUCUUCCAAAUACACCAUAUAAAUGUUCUUCCUCUAUUAUUUAAACACUAUAGAGGACUCAAACUUGGCUGCGUAUGCUUCAUUUUGUCGACUGAAUAGUAUCAUAAUAAAAUUUUCACAAAGCCUAAUGAAUGAAUAUACACUUGAUUAUUUAGUUCCAGUCUAUGAGUCAUCUUGUACUACAAAUACAAAAAAUUGUUGUUUUAGUAUUUUCUGACUAUAUAUCAAGAUUUAAAGUUUGUCUUUGACUUUCAAAAAAACUGUCUAUCUUACCAGUCACGAUCACAUCUCUGUUCCUGAUUCUUCAUGGUCUCAUAUAGAACUACAAUAGAUCCUCCAGUUAUUAAAACAAGGGGUGUUCAUGAAAUGUUUCCUAUUUUUGUCUGACUAUACCAUAACUAAAUUUUUUUUCCAACUUUGUGUAAAUUGCUUAACAUUAUAGUGACAUCUCAGAGAUAUUUAUUUUUGUGUGUACCCAGAUAACAUGUAUGAAACUUACAACUCUUCUAGACACCCUAAGUUAAAAAUCUGUGAAUAUUUGAUAUUUUCAAAACCUUCGACUAUAAAUUAAAUCAGUGGUGAGUAAACAAUUUGGCGAACUCUAAUAGUUGAUUAGAUCUCAAAAACUGAUUGAUCCCUGAGUAGUAGGGACCAAAGUCAUGUUUGUCUAGUCCUUUAGUGUCAAUCAAGUUCUAUCGGUUAAGUUGCAGUGUGUUCAUUAGUUAAAAGUGACUCGAAGUCGAGUGUACUAGGUUGCUGCAUAUAGCAGGAAACCCUGAACUUAAAUUUUGUUCUAGUUAGUACUUGUCAGCAAGGUGUACCUGCAAUCCUGAGGCUGUUAAUGUUCCUUGGGGAAUUAGAACCUGGAAAACUUAGCUUCACAGAUUCAACAUGUAAGCCCUUCGACUUGUACUAGCACACUGCUAAAAUAUAUACAUAAGUUAGCUAUCAAUUUUGCUAGGUAGUAAUAUAUGUUAGAACAACACAUGUAAGCGAACAAUUAUUUUCAAUUAGAUCGUCAUCAGGCUUUACUCGAAUAUACAUGAAUAUCUAUAUAAAAAUGUUGAACCAAUCAAGGCCAUUUGAGUCACCACACAUAAUAGGUAAAAGUACAAGUUGCUAGUAGGAAGACAGGUGUAUUGAUAGUAGUAAGAAUAAUAAAAUACGAUAAUAAAAGUCUUAUCAAUAGUUAAACAUUGAAAAUAGAAGGUCAAACGUGGGUAUAGUCAUCACAAAACACUAAAACCAUUACGUAAUAAGAAGUGUGUAAAUAAUUAGAUAGUGAAGAAUACAAACGGAAAGAGGCGGAAAAUUACAAACAAAUACAGGAUGUGAAAAUAAAGUUAAUGAUAACAAAAAUAAAAUUUAAAAAACCAUUUGUUAAGUUGUAACUGGCCAUGGAAGGGAUAGGGGGAUCACGAAUUUCUUCUGUACACAUAAGUUGGGGUUAAAUGUACGAAUUCCUAUGGCUUCAGUUAUAUGUAGGAGACGGGAACGAACUCCGUUGGGAUAUAAUGGAGGUAUACGAUAGAUCACUCGAAAUGCUUCCUAUUUAUCUACAUUAUGAACGCUGUCAAUAAGAUGUGCCAAGAUAGAACUGCGCAUUGUUUUUAUCUGGCCCUUUAUAAACCAAGCUAGUAGAUGUUCACUCAUUCGUCGAUUAAUUUGCCUGGUAGUACGCCCGAUAUAGUUAUCUCCACAGGAGCAGCUGGAUUUGUAAAUGCAUAUUGAGGAGGCCGACUCAGGUAACUUAUCCUUCGUUUGAGUAAAUAUCGCUGGUCGACUCGAGAAGGUCAACGCAAGAUUGGCUGCUUAAAAUGUCCUGUUAAUUACUUUCGUUAACCUAUCUUUUAGAGUAUCACUAACCAUAUCCCCGUUGAAUUGUAGUUUCAUGUAUCAAAGCUUCUUUCGAGCAGUCGAAAUCUUCGACUUCUUUUUUAUGUUAUACAUGUGCUUCUUAAUGAAUGCACUGGGGUAACCGAUCUUGGUCGGUGAGUUGUUGAUAAAUUCCAGCUCCUAACUUAAAAUGUCUACUGAACAGAUCUUUUUUUGCUCUGCUAGUAGGCCAUCUAACCAAAUUUCUCUUGUAACGGAUAGGUGUAAUACUGUAGGAGUGAUUAUAUUGGCAAGCAGAGGAACUUUUUCUAUACACGCUUCUACUUAACGAGCCAUCGCUUCGUCUGACUUAGUGUGACGUCAAGGAAAUUCAGCUUUUUGUCACAUUCACCUUCACCAGUGAAACUGAUCGCCGGAUGUACACUGUUGAAUUGUUCUAGGAGUUUUCCCUUACUAUAUAUUGUUCUACAUUCAACCAUGGCUUAUCAGAUUUAACGAAAAAUCCCUUCGUAUUGUCAUCUAACUCUCCGGAAUCUCAAUUAAAAAAAUCCGAUAUCAUUGAACAAAACACCUUGACAGUAGACGAUUUAGAUGACACUGCCGAUUCAAGUGUAGCUGCAAUACCCCAGAACGUCACAGCAUAUUGUGGUGAUGAUCAUAAUGACGAUGGUAAUAAUAAUAAUAAUGGUUGCACUAUUCAAGAAAGCGAAUCAACUAUUAAUAAGUUAGCUGCAAAUUUAGCUUCAACAACCGCAAUUGAUCGGGGCUCAACAUUUCGUAAACCGCCUUAUUCUUAUGCUCAAUUAAUUAUCCAAGCUAUUGCAUCGGCGCCUAAUCAACGUCUAACUUUAGCUGAUAUUUAUGCUCAUAUUUCAAAAACAUUUCCAUAUUAUAAACCACAUGAAAAAGGUUGGCAGGUAGGCGACUUGAAAUCAGUUUGUCAUUUCUGUAUUUGUUUGUCUUUUCUUGAAACUAAUUGUUUUCUCAUACUGCAAACAUGCAGUGAUAAUAAUCCGACCACACACUUAUUAGAACAUUUGAUAUAUAAAAAAAAUAAGAGGUCAAAAUAAACGAACUGAAAGAUAAGAGAAAAACAAUAUGAAUUACCCUACACUCUAGAUAAAAAAAAAUCAAUAUUACCAAGGGUUUGUUUUGUGUGUAAGUAAAAGUUAUUUUGAAACACACGAGUGGGCUCAGGCGUGUUGAAGAUUUGUAUAGCUAUGAUUCCAACAAAUUUAAGUAUUUGCCUUAUCUUAGACAACUUUUAUGUAAAAAUCACAAAGCUGAGUUAAUAUUAAUCUUAUGAUCUGUCUCAACUGUGUAUUUAACGAUGAACGAAAAUGAGGGGUUUGUUAUGUGCUCUUAUUUGAGGUCAUUUGACCCAAUGAUGAUAAAUUUGAUGAACUGUUAAUGUCGAUAGAUUUACAACAUACUUUUUCUAAUGAUUAGUUCAAUUAAAUCGCAUUUCUGCUUUCCCUUGUACAGUUCACAAUAUCUAGUCACCCCAUCUCCUGAUAUACAGUGAUAGCUGAAGUAGAAUCAGAUUUGAUGUAAUAACUUACUUAAUUACUUACGCCUGUUACUCCCAAUGGAGCAUAGGCCGCCGACCAGCAUUCUCCAACCCACUCUGUCCUGGGCCUUCUUUUCUAAUCCCAUCCAAUUCUUGUUCAUUUUUCUCAUGUCUAUCUCUAUUUCCCGGCGUAACGUGUUCUUUGGUCUUCCUCUUUUCCUUUGGCCUUGAGGAUUCCAUGUGAGGGCUGGUCUUGUGACGCAGUUGGGUGCUUUCCUCAAUGUGUGUCCUAUCCACUUCCAGCGCUUCUUCCUGAUUUCUUCCUCCGCUGAGAUCUAAACUCCAGGUGGGGUUUAGAUGUAAUAAAGUUUACCCAAAUUAAUGUGUGUAGUCACUUAAUGUCUAUUUGAAUCCAACUAUUCCAGUAUAUGUUCUUCCAGGCCAUGCAAACAAAUAGUUGAAUACCGUAGGUGACUUUGUUAUACCGCUCCAAUCUACUUGAGAUAAUAAAAUACACCAUAAUUAUUGACACGUCAGCAUUUGUAAUUUCGCUCAAGAGAUCGAUUCUCCAAAAGUCCCAACCGAACAGGCAUCAAAUAGGCUGAACCGAACUAGCCAAUGAACUAAACAUAUGUAAAUAUUCGUAUUUGGAAACUAAAGUUAGCCAUCUGAUACUUAACUAUUACUUAUGAGCGGCAAACGCGGUAAAAUCAGACUCAUUGCAGACCUGGAUUUAGAUGUACUAACUAGAUUUUCACCUUUCAUCAGGUUAUAACAGAUCACGUGAAACUGAGUUUGUUCACAAUUAUUAAUUCAAUCAAGUCAUUUUACUAACUUAUUAACGAACUGAGUCAUCCUAACAACAACUUAUCUAUGUCCUUGUAUCUUUAUUACUAUUGCGAGUGUAUGAACAUGUAUGCCUGAAUAUUGCUUACGGCCCGCGCGUUUAUUCACUAUGCUAGCCUUACUACUAACCACUUAUUUGAUUCGGUGACUCAUUCAUUUCACUAUGUAUAUGUAUGUCCAUGUUAUUCAUAUUCAUUGCUCUCGCUCUCGCUCGCUUAGUUGUACGCGCUUGCUCGUAUUCAUAUUCGCUGACUCACUCGCUCGCUUAAUUGCCUUUCGGCACAAGUCUUCUAUGCUUGUUUAACGCAUCUGUAAAUUUGAAUAUCUGUGUGUGGUCCCGUAAUAAACGUAAUCAACGCUUCGUGUUCGCUUUCUGAUUAAUAUACCGUUGGGGCGUUAUAUAGGACGGUUAUCAAGACGAACUGUAUACAAAGUUUAAGGAUUAUAUCCAAUACCGACCACCACAAGGUUCUAGAACUUUGACAUACCUCAUGAUGUUCGACUAUAGUGAUGCUUCUUGACCCUAAGGGGAGCAUACAAUCUUGUUGAUUGACGGGUUUUAUAGCAGUGUAUCACUGGAAAAUUUACUCAAAUAUAUGAACCCCACGAAAUUUAGCUAUUAUUUACGUACAUAGUACUCAAUCAAAGCAGUAUAAUCAAAAAGAGUUAAUUGUCCAGUCAAUCGAAAAUUCAUCAAAGAUAAAAUACAACUUCACGAAGUGAUCAUUGUCUACCGUAACAAAUAUAUGAUAUAUAAUUUACAGCAUUACUGCUCUCGUGGCUUGAGAUGUGCUUUUUUUGUUUCAAGUUUAGUGAUGGUAAUUUAAAUUAGUUGAGAUAAUAUAUAUAGCCAUAUUUUAAGUAUUAAUUGUAAUUGAAGUUUAGGCCAUAACCAGUUUUGUUGUUCUGUAAAAUUUAAUAAUUAAUACUGUCCUUAAUCAAGUUUACACAUAGCUCAAAACAUUAACUACAGUUCAUAAUGAAGGAAUCAUGGACGAAGUGUAGGAAUGUAUUGUGCAGAUAGAUUUAUCCAAUAAACGUUAAAAAAUUAAAAGAAAUUUGCCAAAUGCUUCCAAAAUCAUAUUUCUUUUUGAGUUUGUAAGUUCUCAUCUUAUUACGGUACGCAGUAUAUAAAAAAUCCAUGUACAUUCAUGACAUAUUUCUUUUUAUUAUCUUAAUGUGGUGUGGCAGCUUAGUGGUUAAGGGGUUUAACUUUCAACCACUAAGAACAAAGUUCGGACCUCACUCCACUUCGUUUUGAGCAACCGAAUGGUAUAGCUAGCUAUCAUAUUUAUAGUAUAGCUCACUCCCAGUUACCUGGUGAGUGAGUUGCGAUAGACUGAGUAUUGGGUAAGUUAAAACUAGUUUACAGAUUAUUGUAUUUCUAUAUUCCUUGUAUUGUAAGCUUCCUUCAGACCUUUUAACUAUUAUCAUACAUUUUAUUGUUCCAUGGUUAUCACUAACUACUCACCUUUUGCUUUGUCCUCUGCUAUUUAUGGCAUUAUUGUAUGUAAAGCAUGAUCUGUUAUUCGCGGUGCGUUGCGCUCUGAUAAUUCAUGUAUAUAAGCUAAUGAGUAUUUGAAAUAAAUAUACUAGGUGCUUAAAAUAUAGUAAAAGAAGGUUAUCUACUCAUAACUAGGGAUAGAAGGCGUGCUUGUCGGCAAACCAAAUAGGAGUUAAUAUUAUUUUCACCUCCACUCAAGGAUAACAUUACCAUUUGAAACUUAUCAUUAGUCAAAGCUUAGAAUGAUGGACUACAGACGAUACAGUACACAUGAGAGGUCGAGAGAUUAACUAAGACCUUAAUUGACCAGUCUUCUCUAUAUAUCGAGUAACGUCGCAUUCAUAACAUGAGUUCGUUAUUAUUAUUAUUAUUAUUAUUAAUUAGUCUUGAGCCUUUAAAAUUAACCACGUUUUAUUUCUUCUCUUAUGAUAAUACAGAAUUCAAUACGUCAUAAUUUAUCAUUAAAUCGUUAUUUUAUCCGUGUACCACGUUCUCAAUCGGAACCUGGUAAAGGUGCAUUUUGGCAAUUAGACCCUUAUUGUGAAACAUGUUUAAUUAGUCAAGCAUUUCGUAAACGUCGUCAAACGUCAUCGAAGUCAUCAUCAUCAUCUGAUUUAAAUCAAACUAGUAAUGCCAAUAAUAAUGCUAAUGACGAUAGUAAUAAUGAUCGAAAUCAGUAUGACGGUGACGAUGAUGAUGAUGUUGUCGACGAUGAAGAACAACAACACCAAGAAAAAAAAGAAGGUGAACAAAGAAAUGUUUUAAACGAUAAUAGCAACAACGAGAAUAGUAUUGAUAAUAAUACUAUUGAUGUUAAUAAUUCUGCAUUUCCUGUAACAUCUCGUGAAUUAUUUUUCAAUGAUAAUAGUCAACAUAAUCCAUUAGAUAAUAACACAUAUAUUGGUAAUGAUAGUAAUGCCUCAGCUUCUCAAUGUGUUUUUGUACAAUCGAAUUAUUGUUUAAAACAACAAAAUCACCACUUGCAAAAUGUACAAUCUUUACUUCAUCCUCACUCUUUUUGCUUGUCAAAUUCAUUAUCGUUAUCAACACCAUCACCAUCGUCGGUCAUGUUAUCGUCAUUUGGUGAUCACCAACAACGCCAGGAUGAGUCUGGUGCAGUGUUACAUUAUUCAAAUAGUUUACCAACAGCCAAUGGAGAUCGGUAAGAUUUACUAUUUUAUGUUCCCAUUAAUAUGUAUUUGUGAAAAAAUACGUGUAGUACAUCCGCCUUUCAAUGUUCAGUAUAUAUGUGGAUAGCAAAGGUUUCUGGGUAAUUUUCUGUCCAUUUAGUGAGUGGUACAUAUAAGAGCAUAAUUUUUACUGAGGAUUUCAUUGUAAGCUGUAACUUCGCGUUUUUUUAUCUGGAAAGUUGGGUUUGGGCUACAAUGACGUGUUCAUAAAAGACAUAUGUGGAAAGCGUUAGAUUAUUAAAACGAAACUUUCAGUGAAAAUUACACUCUUAUAUUCACCAUUCACUCACUAAAAGAACGAAAACAAUUCUCGAAAAUACUAGAUAUCAAACUUUUAUUGAACUGUGAAGAAAGGAUGGUUAACCUCACACGUAUUUAUACUGUUGAGAUGGUUGUGUUUUGAUACAAAAAUUAGUGGUCGAAAACAAAAUAAUGGUCACUGGAAUAUGGCCCCCAAAUGCCGUGGUACGACCGAGGGUGUAGAGAGUCAGCUCUUCCUCUCGAAAUGCUCUUACAUGGCCACUGCCAGGGAAGUCCUACUCACUUAUUUCUCGCACCACGGGUGUUGUUUACGUAAUUGAAAGGAUGAAAAGUGAAUAUAUGGCGCUUUGACCGGUUUGUUGGAUACAGAGGAUUCACCCAGGGGGGGUGGAAAAUCCUGAUUCCAAACCAAUGGUGCACACAAGCUCCAGGAUUCUGAGGGAACAAAUGGCGUAUGAACAUAUUGUUGGUCACCAGCUUCCAUGGGACUACAUCUUCUAACGUGGCUCCACUGCUUUGUGGAUUAGAUCUCUAGGUUAAAGGCUCGAGGAGUAGCUCACUAAGAAAAGCAUCUGUUUCGGUCUGAGCACCCGGGCAGUAUCACAACCCACACAAAAAUCAGAUGAUUUAUGUGGCGCCUAUGUAUUUGGUGCCUCUCUGUACCAAUAUCUAUGUGUUCAAAUAAAUAAAUAACAAUAACUGGAAUAUGAAAAAGUUUUAACUGAGGUAGACAUGUGAUAUUUGGUAAUAAGAUAUGACUUCACUUAUAAUACAUAACCUGUCCACUUCUUUAUUAUAAAUGUCCAUACGUCUCACAAUAUAUUCAUUUAUUAAGUACAAUGGAUUUGUGUAUUUGAAUUCAUAUUUUUACAUUUCGUUUAGGAUGUAUAGCUGAGUUAAACUGCUCUGUCCAUGUUCUGAUAGAUCACUUUAGAAUAGAGGAAUCAAUGGUCUGAUUAUAACCGUCAAGUCACAAGUUUUAAUCCCACUAUCGAACUACUUUAGUUUGAUCAGUCGGGUAAUAAGUGCUACAUUCCUUCACAUAGAAAUUAGUACCCCAACGAAGCUGAACAAAUAGAUGCGUACUUCGUAAAUGCUUUACGUCAAAUUAAAUUUUAGGGAAAUUACUAUGUCCAAGUGUGUUUAGUGGUGUAUAGUCUCUUCAUCAUCACAUUUCCCAAUUCAUGGUAUAUUGUUUAGUUGAAAUAAUGAAUAGAUUUAUGGAAAUGUGUUGAGGGCUAUUGGUAAUUAAGUGAUAAACAGCUUUCACUUAUAACUACUGAUUUAAUUAAGUUAUUAGUUGGGGUUUGUCAGUUAUACGCAAUGUGGAACCUGGCAUAUUUGCACAUUUUAACUUGCCACACUACAUUAACACUGCGACAUGAAAUUAUCAAGACCAAUCCUAAUAUUUUGGAAAUAUUAACGGUAUCAUCAGUAAAAGAAAAGUUUACACAUAAAUAACGUGUUUCAAGACGAGGGUUUGAAUUCGUGGAAUUGAAAAAAAACGUAUCAAAUAAUUCAAAAAAGAAAUCAGAAUAUAAAAGAGGAUAAGGAAUGAGUGCAACUGCGCCAUUGAAACCUAUUCUAACCCAUGUCACGCAACGUCUUCAACUGUUGGUUACGAUAAUUGCACUGUUCCCAACACGACUCAAUCCGACUGUUAAUCUAAGGGUUUGUAACUUUCUGUUGUCCAUGUUUAGAACUUUGAUAGAUAAAUCUGUGCUGCUAUAUGGGCUUGGUGAGUGAAUUAUUUCUAUACAACUUUAUGUCAUGAGUUUCAAUAUGUAAAGUAUAGGUAUUCAGUAAAAUCCAAGACACUCAUUUCAUCCUACAUCAAUCUGUAACCUGUUCAGGAUACAUAUAUGACAACACAGACUAAUCAUUUACAGUCCUAAAUGUCGACGAGGCAUUAAAAACCUUUUACUAAUACUUUCAAACUCAUUGAAUAAGUUAGUAAUUGCACUCAGUAGCUCUGUAGAUAAUGUGCUCUAGACAUUUUGAAGAGAAUGAUACUGGGUUUUCUAGUGCAGGUACAUCGACUUGACAAGUCUCAAAUAGGAUGAAACACAUGCUCUGGAUUCCAUUGCGACCCUUAUGCCAAAUAUACUACUUGAGUCAUGUUUAAAAGUUCUCGUUGAGCAAUCAAAUGUUUGUGUAGGUAAAUAACUUUGACAAUGUAGCACAAAAUCAUACCGAUAGGAAAAUAUUCACUAAAUAUAAUAAAUAUAUUUUUAUGAUAUCCCUAUUAGUAGGAAAUUGUAUUUCUGACGUUUCAUGACUUAAUGUAGGUUACUUCUUUAGAGUAACUAAAUAACCGUAAUAAUAUAUAUUCAUAUAUUGGAUUAUAGAUAUGCACGAGUAUGGAUGUGCAUGACAGUUACCAAAUCUAGAACAAAAAAAAGGAAUAUGUAGCUUUCAAUAGUUCUGAAGAUUAUAUCAAUCAGUCUGUAUGUGGUGAAUCCAACUAUCUUUAUACUGUAAAAUUCUUUACAAAGUAAAUACAAUCUAUUCUUUGCUCAGUUAUACAUUGACCUCUGUUAGUCAGUAUGCUACUACCACUACUACAAGUGUUAAACUAAUCUGGCGACUGUUCAAAUUAGUUACAAGGUUUUUUAUUCCUACUAGUGAUCCUUCGCUUUUUAAUGUAUAUUUCUCAUGUAAUCCAUUGUUGUUAUUAUUAUUUAUGCGCAGUUCAUUAUAGUUGUGCUUGUUUAUACAUAUAAAUACUUGCCAUAGAAAAUUAAGGUGAAUCUAUUUUGUGAAUUAAAUCACUUCAAUUAUUAUUGUUGUUAGUAUUAUUAUUAUUAUUAUUGAUAUUAUGAGUUAUCACUGGUGUAAUUAUCAUUAUUAUUAUUACUAGUUAUCUGUGGUACUAUUUUUAUUGUCCUCAGCUGACCUUCGUGCAUGCUUUCGACUUUACUGCUGUUUACAUUCACUGUUUACACAUUCAUUCACUCUCAUUCUCUCCUUGUUCAACUAUGCUACUGUGUACAUGUAUGUGUGUUCAGUCGUAUGUUUUGUCCAUUUAUUAUUAUAUACAAAUAUACAAUAAUUAAUCUGAUUAUUUUGUUAAUGUAUAAAAUGCCAGUUGUAUUUUCUAAAUAUGUUUUAGUAAUCUCUUUAUUUAUUUGGUUACUAAUAAUACUACUACUUAUCUAUUCAUUCAUGUAUUUCAUACAGAUAUGUUUGCACUUUUGUUGUAAACUAAAAAAGAUGGUAAUACGGUGUGAGGAAAAAAACAAGAAUGUGUGUGGUAAUAGUGAUGAUGGUGAUGAUACAAUGAAUAUGAGAUGUUGAACUUUGUAUUAAUAGAUGGCGAUAUGCAUAUCCUGCGAUCGUGUGUGUUUGUUUGAAUGACUACCUACUUUACAUUAUAUGACAUAGUGCCCUUAUGAUAUAUUAUGUGAGGAAAUAAGUUAUUUAGGUUUUCAUUUAGACUAUUGUACAAGCAAUGUGGACAGUUGGUUGAAAUUUUACAAUAUUAAUUCAAAUCUACCUUGUUUUGUUCUUUUGUCAUUAUUAUAGCUCUUCCAUUAUUAUUAUUGUUAUUACUAUUAUUAUUAUUAUUGUUAUUAUUAGUAGUAGUAUUACUAUUACUAUUAUGUUCUUUUGUGCGUUAUCGAUGUGGUUGAAAUUUAGUUCAUUUGGGCUAUAACUCAAAAUCAGCUGAGUGAAUGAAUUGGUUAGUUAGUAGUGGUUGUAAUAGUAGUGCAACGCCACGUGAUCUUCAUCUAUCCAUAUCAGCUGAAGACAUUAGUUCAUUAGUUGACGAUUGUCUUAUUUGUGUUUUUGUUGUGUUGUGUUGUGUUGUGAUAUGAUGUGUGGUAUGCUUGUAUAUUGUAUUGUAUUGUAUUGUUUGUUUGUUUGAAUACUCAAUAAACUGUGUACUUGUUAUUGUUGUGUAUUGUUUGUACAGUGUGUGUGUGUGUUGCGUGGACUGAUUGUUUAUCGUUGAUUAUGUAAUGGUGAUUUUGUUUUGUUGUGUAUGUGCUUUGGUGUGAUGAUAGUGUAUUGUUUAUUUAUUUAUUUAUUUAUUCAUUCAUUUGUUUAAAUAUUGGAUUGUUGUGUUUUUGUGUAAAAAUAAUUGAAUUAAUUUGCUCAUUCAUGUGUUUAUGGAUUUGUUGUUGCGUGUUAAUGUCCGUGUUCUAGAGUGAUCUUGUUAGUGUAUAUCUAUGCCUAUGUUUAGAUAUGUAUUUAAAUGUAUCAUCACUGUGUGUGAUAGUAGUUGCUAUUGUGUUUUUGUGUAUGUUUAUUUGUGUGUGUUUAUUUGCAUUCACAUAUCCACUUUGUAGUACACUUGGAUUAAUUAUAGACAAUGAAUAGACUCUUUUCUUCAUUCUUAAUUUAUUUAUUAUGGACAUUUUUAAUUUUCUAUUUCGUAUCUAUUUCUUCUUGUAAAAUAUUGUAAUUUUUGCUCGCCCUCUCUCUCUCUCUCACACACACACACAUACAUACACUUAUCGAUAAUACAUUUUCAUAUGAUUAAUUAUGAUUGCAUAUUUCUUAUUAUCCCUAACACAAAAUGACAAACAUAUUUAGUUGUAAUGGUAAUAAUAAGUUGAAAAAUAGUCAAUCAUUUCAAUUAAGUUCAAUAUUAUUAAUGACCAAUAUAUGAAUAAUGAUGUGUAUUUGUUUUGUUCAUAAAAAAAUUACAUUCUUGAAAUAAUUGUUUUUUUUUUCACUGAUGUAUACAAUUCCAAAAAUAUUCUUAUUGAAUAUGAAAUCUUUAAAAUUGUUUCACUUUGAUUAAAAGUUCUUAUAAGGUAGUCUUGAGUCAGUAAAACAUCAAUAGUGUGUAAGUUAAGACAUGUCAUUAAUACAUAAAGUCAUAGAUUAUUAAAUUAAACCUUGUUCUUAGGUGCAAACUACAUGGUUUGUGUCCGUGUAACUAUUGCAAAUAAUAAUAAGAUGAAAUAGCUCCUGGACCGGUCACAUUAGCACAAAUUGAUUUACUUUUUAUCUUAUUAUAUAUUUCCAGGUUCAGUAUUCCUUUCACACAGAUCUUAUGAUUCUCCAAUCUUUCUCAUUUUUAUUAUUCCUGCUAUAUUAGUUCAUUUUUAUUUUUUCUCUAUUCAUAUAAUUAAUUUCAUCUUGCUGUGUUAAUGUCUUGUAACAAUAUGGGUCAACGUAUAAAUGUGUCUGGUUCUACGUUGAUUUUAACUGACUGAGCCCCCAAAUGCUCUGGUACGGCCGAGAGUGGGGAAAGUCCGUUCUCCCUCUCGAUAUCCCUUCACAUGGCCACGCGUAUAUAGCCUCUGCCAGGGAAGUCCUACUCACUACCUUCUCACACCACGGGUGUUGUUUACUAAAAUGAGAGGACGAAAAGUGAAUGUCCGGCGCUUUAACCGGAUUCCAAACCAAUGGUGCACAUGGGCUCCAGUAUCCUGUGGGAACAAAUGACGUAUGAACCAAUUGUUGGUCACCGGCUUCCAUGGGACUGCAUCUCCUCACGAUGCUCCACUGCCAUGUGGGUCAGACCUUUAGGUCAAAGGCUCGGGGAGUGGCCCCCUAAAAUAACCACCUGCUUCGGUUUGGGCACCCGAGCAGUAUCAUAGACCUCACACAUAUCGAAUGAGAUUUGUGUGGCGCAUAUGUAUUUGGUGCCUCCUUGUACCAAUAUCUAUGUAUUAAAAUAAAUAAAUAAAUAGUAACUGACUGAUCAAUUGAAUUAUAUUAUUUGAAUGAAUUGAUACACCUAAAAUUUUAUUUACUACUAACAUUAAUUAAUUGUAUACAUGAAAUAUUGGAGAACACGCUUGAAUUCAACACUUCUUCGGAUCACUCGUUGUAUAAUCAUGUCGCAUAUUUUUCUGUUGUGUUUUCAUUUCCAUGUGAUUCUGUGUCACAUCGUUUCACUCAAGGUUAUUAGUUCUCACGUCUGUAUGUCUAAAUAAGAAAAUUCUUAAGAUGAUGAUCACCGUUAAAUCUUAUUGUCCUGAAUAUCAUCCUGUUUUGUUUGAAACUGGUAUGCUUUAUGUGCGUGUUGUAUUACAAAUUGGACUAAAAUACACAUACACUUGUUCAUCCAUGUUUUUUUUAAAUUUUCAAUCAUUUCUCCAACAAAAUCAGUUUUAAACCAAGACAAAAUAAGAUGAUAUAUACAAGUGUACGUAUGUGUAUAUUUAGACGUCGUUUAUGUUUGUACCCAGGUUUGUUCGUUGUUGUUUCUCUCUCCCCUCUCUCUUUGUUAUAUGUAAACAACUAAUUCAACUGUCAGGUAGGCAAAUUUCUUUUAAAAAAGUUGUUUAUUCAUGAAGCACUUAAUUGAUCUGAUUUUUCAACAAUGAUCUAUUCAUAAUUGUUAUUACAACAGAGUAAUAUAUUCUUAUAUAAUAAUAUAAAAUAAUUAAUCGCUAAGCAAAACGAUUCAAUAUCACAAUGUAGCCUAUUUUUAAAUUGCCGUUACUGAUGUCCAUUUCUAUUCAUAGGGAUUGUUGAUUGUAUACUGAAAGCAGUCAAUAAGAAGCCCAGUUUAAUCACCUUGAUUUUUUGCUAGUUAGUAUACAUCAGUAAGACGUUUAUCUGCAAUCCACCUGAGCUACAAAUCUUCUCCACCAUUGUUAUUAUCAUUAUAGGUCAAUCUUUUUAUAAGCUGACUUUCUUUGACCAUUAUUAGAUUAUGGAGAUUGUUAAAUUUCAUUAAAGUUAGGCAUAUACACUGCUCAGUGGUCCAAAGAUUAAGUGUUUAGAAGCGAGACCGAAGGUCAUGCGUUCGAUUUCCAGUUGCGUGACCGUAUCUCAGACUAGGACGGAACAGUCGUCUAGUGCUUUCAGGUUUCAGUAAUUGUCUAACUUUGUUGUUUUUUAAGCUGAUUUUUCCCUAUCUUUUCUACCGAUAUUCAUAUUAGUUGUUACAUUGACAAUUCAGAUGACUUUGGUCAAGAAACAUUACUCUUUUCCACAGAUAUGUAUAUAGUUUCAUAUUUGUUAUUUGUUUAUUAAUUUUGUCAGCUUUUCAGUUCUUUCCAUUGUCUUUUUUCUAUGAAUAUUGUACCUGAAUAGAUAACUAGGGAGAGAGUGAGAGAGAGGGAUAAGGUCAACAUCAAACAAGAUAAACUAACUAAUAUCACCUCUCCUUUUUUUACCCUCAUCCAUUCAUUAUUGUGUCCAUUUUAAAUUGCUCCUUUCCUCCCAGUUUGUUGUUUGUUUCUCUUUCUUUUUCUUUCUCCAAAAGAAUCUACACAAUCCCAAGUAUCUUUGAUAGAAUUAAAAUCAACUACAGUUUGUAUUUAAUGUAUGUGUGUGUGUGUGGCAGGUGUUUGAAUAGUUUUUUUUAUAAAAAAAAAAGUUUGUUAACUAAGACACAUGUGUCUGUUGCUUACUUUGGUUGUUUGUGUAUCUAUUAUUCUGAAUAAAUAAAUAAACAAAUAAUCAAUGCUUAGUUUGUUUUCUGUCGUCUUUGCUUUUUAUCAUUCUCCUUAUCUGUGUACGUAUGUAUGUAAUAAUUCCACUUCUUUUAAAAUUUUAAACAGGUUUUUCUUGUUUGUUUGUAAGAUCUUUUUAUUGGUGUCAUUGUCGCUUUUAUUAGUCCAUGAAUAUAGAGAUUAGAAGUAGUAAACAAGACGAAUAAAUAAUAAUAGCUUACACUCUUGGCAUCAGCAGUCUCUGCAUCAGUAGGCCUCAGCAUACACAAAGGGAAAACCAAGGUCCUCAAAUUCAAAGCGGAGAACAGCAAUCCAAUCACACUUGAUGGCGAAACUCUGGAAGAUGUAGAGUCCUUCACAUACCUAGGAAGCAUAAUCGAUAAACAAGGAGGAUCAGAUGCAGACGUAAAGGCGAGGAUCGGCAAAGCAAGGGUCGCAUUCCUACAAUUGAAGAACAUAUGGGACUCAAAACAACUUUCAACCAAUAUCAAAGUGAGAAUCUUCAAUACGAACGUCAAGGCAGUUCUACUGUACGGAGCUGAAACUUGGAGAACUACAACAACCACAAUCAAGAAAGUACAAGUAU